AAUAUGAAUCCACAUUGUGGUAACCUGUGUGUUGCUACGUGUGCUUCCAUGCAUAUGUGAAAGCCUUUGUACUUUCAUAGAACAGUGAGUGUUGGGUAGCAGGGGGUAUUCAUUUGUUUGAGUGUUCUCCCGGAGUUGUGUAGGACAGUCUGAAGUUUUGGGUUGUACAGCCCCUGCUUUGAGCCCCAUCCCUCUGUUUUCCCCUCUUCUAUCUCUCCUCUCUUCAUUGGCAUUCAUAGCCUGUCCCUCUCUGGCACACAGACAGCUUGGCACAGCCACACACUCGAGUUUUUUGUUCUUCUAUUUUAACUGCUCCAAAAGUUUCAGAGGGAUAGUGAGAGAGGAGAGGGGGGCAAGGAGUGGGGACUGGGGAGAGAAGGAUUUUGUUAAGACUACCACCAGACCGACGCACUUGAAUACCAUGUGUGCGCCUGAACGACAGUUGGUGGGCUGAUAUAAACUGGAACAGCACGAAGCUGAACAGAAACAGAAUCCUUUCCCAAGGUUUGGAUUUGAAGGCCACAGUAGUGAAGCAUGAUGCAGAGGGAGGACGAGUCUGCACGGGAGGAGUUUAGCUACACUCAUAUCCCCACCCUGGAGCGAGCAAGUGGGGGUGGCACGCUGAGUCGACGGCUGGACCGAGAGAGGGACAGAGUGGAAAGGGACAGCUACAUAGUGGACGUGAGAGCCAGUGAUUUGGAGCUGGACCAGGCUGAGCCGUUACACCCCUGUUUCAGCUACAGAGCCUGGCUCUACAGCAUCCUCAUAGGGGUGAGAGCUCAUGGCCUUGACAGCAUCGCUAAUCACACUACCAUUUCUGUUUACCCUAAGGGGCUAAUAGCGUCUCUUAAUUUGUGUCUGUGUGUGCCUCUAUGUGGGUAUGGAUAUGAUUCUCAGUGUAGUCUCCUGAUCACAGCGGGUUUCUCUCUCUACCUGGGUAAUGUGUUUCCUGAUGCGAUGGACUACUUGCGCUGUGCAGCUGGAGCGAGUAUCCCAGCUGCAGUUGUGAGCUUUGCCAUCGCCACAAACUGGCGAGUUGCAGUGUCUGAUUUUCAACUGGUGUAUGUGUCCACAUUUGCUGUGACAACCACAUGCCUGGUAUGGUUCGGCUGCAAGCUGGUUCUUAGCCCAUCCGCCAUCAAUAUCAACUUUAACCUGAUCCUUCUUACUCUGCUGGAAGCCCUCAUGGCCAGCACUGUCAUCCUGUCAGCUCGCUCUGUAGAGGACUGCUGCAGUCACAGCAAGCAAUUAUAUGAUGGUCCUGUUGCUGUGAUUCCACCUAAAUUCCCUUCACGUCUUCUCAAGGCUUAUUCUGUGAUUGAGGUGAUAAUUGGGAUCUCUGCAGUAUUCGGUGGUAUUAUUGCUCUCAACAUUGAUGCUCUGCUCCCGGGUCCCUACGUCUCUGUCACGUUCUUCUGGAUUCUAGUGGCUUGUUUCCCGAGUGCCAUAGCCAGUCAUGUGGUGUCAGAAUACCCCAGCAAGUGCCUGGUGGAGACAUUGAUUGCCAUCAGCAGUGUCACGUCACCACUGCUGUUCUCUUCCUCUGGCUUUUUGUCUAACAGUGUGUUGAGUUUUAUUGAGAUCUUCCAGCAUGAGGUUCCCACAGCCAAGCAAUCAUACAACAUCCUCCUGUUGAUUCUGAUGGUGCUGCUGCUGGUUCAGGCAGGCCUGACACUGGCCACUGUGGUACACUGUGCCUCCUACAAGGGUCAACUGCGUAUAGGAUCACCAGAGUGGGAUGACAGUCCACAUCUGGAGCCACACCAGUGCGAGCAACAGGGAUCCAAUGGAACACUGCGAGAGUUUGACAAAGAGAAGGCCUGGAAGGCGGUGGUAGUGCAAAUGGCCCAGUGAGCACAUGCACAGGGAGUAAAGAGAGCCAAUGGGAAUGAGAAAUAUAUGUGAGUGGACAAGGACACAUGAUGGUGAGAGGAAAGGAAGGAGAAGUGGAAGUCGACGGUGCACAAAUAUGGGAAACUAGAAGAGGACAUAACAAACGCAAUCAGAAGGAGGAGUACGUCAGUGGCGGUUCAUGAAUUUGUCAGUAUGUCCUUGUCAGGGGAGUUAAUGCCAUAUAUACCAGAGAUUCUCAGUGUUAAAAAUACAAAUAAAGCAUUUAAAUUCUGGCUAUGACCAUACUGUAUAUCUAGUCUUAACAGUAACGGAAAAUGAGUCAUCAUCCUGACUGUUCAGAAUUCUCCAGAAAAGGAAAAUCAGCAGACUUUGUUGGCGCUUUCACACCUUCUGCAAAGAAAUAAAACUCAUGACUCAUGCUUUGUUCAUAUGUACAGUAAGCCUGGGUUCAUAUUAAAAUGUGAGUAAACUUAUUCCUGUCAAGGAAUCCACUUAGACUGUAGAUUUCAGCCAUCGCUAUACUGCAUGCAUACAUUCAGGAACCUAAUGACUACAUUUAUAUAAUACAUUUACGAAUGUGAGCCACGUCUAUGCAAGUCUAGCAUUUUCUAGCAGGAUUUUCCACUAUACGAUACCCUUAAUGCACCAAGUUUACACAUUAUUUUGUAGCCAGCAUUUCUUUUUUUAACAAAAUAAAAACUGUAUGUCUGUGCUUGUGUCAAAUUUGCUCAUUCAGAUAUGGAACAGUUUACAGUUAAACAUUUUAUUUACUUAACAUACACUUCAUAACAUAAUUCAUAACACUAACAGCAUAUUUAACGAUUUACUGUAUUUUAUGACCUGUAGGUAGGGACAGAGUAAUGGUGCCUUCUCUAUGACAGACAAUCUACACCAACAGACAAGAAAAAAACAUUAUUGGGCAAUUUCACCUACCUAAUUGGGUUAUUUUUAAUCACAUUAGACAGGGAAAAUGGCUUUGGGCCACUUAGAUAUAAUUUAGUUUCAGUUUGGAUUAAUUUAUAAAGAAUGGCCUGGGUUUAACACAUGGUUGGGCUGGAAAAAGUGACAAUCCAAGUAUCUGGUAGUGUCUAUGUAUU